GCGCCAUGUGGCUGGAAAUUCUCCUCGCCUCUGCUCUGGGCCUCGUCAUCUACUGGUUCUUCUCCGGGGACAAGGAGGACACGCUGCCACUUGGAGAUGGGUGGUGGGGGCCCGGGGCCAGGCCCACAGCCCCGGAGGAUGAGAGCAUCCGCCCUUUCAAGGUGGAAACGUCGGACGAGGAGCUCAACGAUUUGUACCGAAGGAUCGAGAAGGUCCGCUUAACCCCGCCGCUGGAGAACAGCCGCUUCCACUACGGCUUCAACUCCAGCUACCUGAGGAAGGUCCUCUCCUACUGGCGGGACGGGUUCGACUGGAGGAAGCAGGUGGCCAUUCUCAACAAAUACCCUCACUUCAAGACGAAGAUCGAAGGGCUGGACAUCCACUUCAUCCACGUGAAGCCCCCGCAGCUGCCCGCCGGCCGCACCGCCAAGCCCCUGCUGAUGGUGCACGGCUGGCCCGGCUGCUUCUACGAGUUUUACAACAUCAUCCCGCUCCUGACGGACCCCAAGAGCCACGGCCUGAGCGACGAGCACGUGUUCGAGGUCAUCUGUCCUUCCAUUCCCGGCUACGGCUUCUCCGAGGCGUCCUCCAAGAAGGGUAGGGGCCGCUGGAGGCCGGGGUGGGGGGCCCCUACCCUCCUCCCCUGGAGCCAGGCUCUCCCACAGGCUCUCCUGGGAGGAGGAGGCAGGGAGCCAGCUGGGAAGCUUCCUCCUGAGCCUGGGGAGGCGGGCAGAGAGGGAGGAGGGCAUAGGAGGGCACUGCCAUUGGGCAGAAGGCCCAGGCCUCUUCUUGGGGUCCGAGAGAAGGGGCAGGUGCAGAAGGUGGCUGGCCCUACCCGCCGGCCGCCCCUCACCCGGCCCCUCUCCGCCCCCAGCCACGUGAAAGGCCUGCACCUGAACAUGGCCUUCGUGGUGAGAAACUUCCACACCCUGACCCUGUUCCUGGGGCCGCGCUUCCGGAAGCUGUUCGGCUACACGGAGAGGGAUAUGGAGCUCAUGUCCCCCCUGAAGGAGAAGAUGUUCUACAGCCUCAUCCGGGAGAGCGGGUACAUGCACAUCCAGUGCACCAAGCCGGACACCGUGGGCUGUGCCCUCAAUGACUCCCCCGUGGGACUGGCUGCCUACAUUCUGGAGAAGUUCUCCACCUGGACCAACUCUGACUUCCGAGACCUGGAGGACGGCGGCCUGGAGAGGAAGUUCUCCCUGGACAGCCUGCUGACCAUCAUCAUGAUCUACUGGACCACGGGCACCAUCGCCACCUCCCAGCGCUUCUACAAGGAGAACAUGGGCCACAGCUUCCUGAGUGACCGGCACCAGCAGAUGAAGGUCCACGUGCCCACCGGCUUCGCUGCCUUCCCUUGUGAGUUGAUGCACGUCCCUGAGAAGUGGGUGAGGGUCAAGUACCCGAAGCUUGUCUCCUACUCCUACAUGGCCCGCGGCGGCCACUUCGCCGCCUUCGAGGAGCCGGAGCUGCUGGCCCAGGACAUCUGCAAGUUCGUGGGGCGGGUGGAGCGGCAGUGACCUCGGGGCAGCCCAGCCCUGGGGGCGCUCCCUCGUGGACACCUGUCCGUUUCCUGCAAACACCCUCCCCCCAUCCUCCUCGCCCAGCGCUGCUCCCUUCCAGGAGGCGGCCCCCAACCCCACUUUUCUGAGGAAUGGGUUUGCUUCCGUCCCCUGCCCACCCAGACCCCCACACGCACCGCCUCCCCUCACACAUGCCCCUGCACGCAUGAAGCAGCACGGCUUUGAGAAUAAAUGAUUUUACUUCUAA